AUACUAUAAAAAAAGGUCUCGACCUUUUUUUUGUAACAGAGAUCACGUUUCACAUGUCAUAUUAUCAAUUUCCAACCCAGUCUUCUUCGUCUUCGUCUCCUUACUCCUCUUUUCCCAUGUCGACUUCUGGUAUUCAAGGCCAGCUUCUUGAGGUCACUGUUGUUGGGUGCAAUAAGUUGAAAGAUACAGAAUGGAUUUCGCGGCAAGAUCCCUACGUUUGUGUUGAAUAUGCUAACUCCAAGCACAGAACAAGAACGCAUACUGGUUCAAAUCCGAAUUUGGACUCGAACUGGACUGAAAGCCAUGUUGAUUUUAAUGGUGUAGACGGAGGUAGAAACCCUACAUUCCAAGAGAAGUUCGUGAUUCCUCUAAUUGAAGGGCUUAGGGAGAUGAAUGUUGCUGUCUGGAACAGCAACAGUGUCACAUAUGACGACUUUAUUGGCGAGGGAAAAGUACACCUUCAGAAGGUUCUGUCUCAGGGUUACGAUGAUGGUACUUGGCCACUUCAGACUAAAACGGGCAGAUAUGCUGGAGAAGUGCGGCUUAUAAUGCAUUACUCGAAGCCUGAUAUAAGUGCAAAGCCUAAUAAACUGGCAGCAGGCUAUGCCCCAUCUGCACCACCUUAUGGAGCACCACCUGCACCGCAAGCUCAUAUGUACUCAACUCCCCCUCCAGCAUCUGCGUAUGCACCACCACCUCAAAUGUAUGCACCACCUCCACCAGCAGCUUACCCAGCUCCAGCUCCAUCUCCCUAUCCUUCGUAUUCACCUACUCCUUCAUAUCCACCCAAUCCAGCACCAGCUGCGUAUCCACCUAAUCCCGCACCAGGAGGAUAUCCACCAUCCCCGUACGGUGCCCCUCCACCAGCUGCAUAUCCUCCUGCACCAUACCCACCAUCUUCAACUUAUCCUCCUCCUCCAUCAUCUACAUAUCCACCACCUCCACAAGCCUCAUCGUUUUACCCUCCACCUCAAGGUCCGUAUGGAGUAUAUCCACCACCACCAUACUGAGAUAGAGCUCCCAGAUACCCAAGUGAAGAAGCAACUGUGAAGAUGUAGUGAUAGCUAGCUAAUCAUGUAUAGCUUCUCAUAGAGAGGUCGUUGUUUAGGCCAUUGAAUUUUAUGUUUCAUUGCAAAUAUGCGCACUUUCUUUUAAUGGAUGAAAGAAAGGUUUGAAAUGGAUGAAUCUGUUUUAGUUCCCCUUUGCCUUUUUUCUUCUAAUGUGAUGUGAGGUUUAUAGUAUUGAGGUUGCUGGGAUUAGCACCAGAGCAUUCUAGUCAAGGCUUCUAGGAUGCGCGUCAUAUUUGUUUUCUGCUAGAGUUUGAACAAGAUUGUACCUGAAAUUUUGUAUAUCAAUAUUUUUAAAAGGUUGAAUUAUCAAA